AUGGCACGAGGGAAAGCCAAUGGAAAUGGCUUCUUGAACCAUGCGAAUGGCAAUCAACUUAUCUCACGUACCAUAACAGGGUUGAAGCGCUGGUCCAUCAUCAACAGAGAUUUACCAGCGGUAUCGCAGGUAAGAGCUAUUCAUGUGUACGACUUCGACAACACCUUAUUCCUGAGUCCCUUGCCGAAUCCGCAACUUUGGAACGGCCCGACGAUCGGAUUUCUACAAAGCCUCGAAAGUUUUACCAAUGGAGGAUGGUGGCACGACCCGGCAUUGCUCGCAGCUACAGGAGAAGGCAUGGAAAAGGAGGAGCCGCGAGCUUGGGAUGGCUGGUGGAAUGAACAGAUUGUACGGCUGGUCAAGCUGAGUAUGGAGCAAAAGGACGCCCUCACAGUACUUCUGACGGGCCGAAGUGAGAAUGGCUUCGCGGACCUUAUUCGACGCAUGGUGGACAGCAGAAAGCUGGAGUUUGACCUCAUCUGUCUCAAGCCUGAAGUGGGACCCAACAGCGAACGCUUCUCAACCACCAUGGAGUUCAAGCAGACCUUCCUUCAAGACCUCGUUCUCACUUAUGAACAGGCCGACGAGAUUCGGGUCUAUGAAGAUCGAGUGAAACAUGUCAAGGGCUUCCGAGACUUCUUCGAGGAUUUGAACAGGUCGCUGCAGGUUGUGCCAGCACCGCGGAAGCCGAUCAAUGCGGAGGUGAUUCAGGUCGCGGAAGGAUGCACCUUCCUCUCCCCUGUAGUUGAAACUGCCGAGGUACAGCGUAUGAUCAACUCCCACAAUAAGUCAAUCCGCGAAGCUACAUCGAAUGCGACACGGUCGCCAUAUGGUCGUCUGCGCAUCAAGCGCACCAUUUUCUACACUGGAUAUCUUAUAUCUAACGCAGACUCGAAUCGGUUGAUCAGCCAACUACUGACCCCGCUUCUGCCUUCUGGGCUUGCUGAAUCCAAUGAUGUGAAGUAUAUGGCUAACAGUAUCCUCAUUACCCCGCGCCCUGCCCCUCGAUCUAUUCUGAACAAGGUCGGCGGCAUUGGCAAGAAGCUCACCUGGCAGGUCACUGGGACUGCCGUCUUUGAGAACAAGGUGUGGGCUGCUCGAGUGGCCCCUGUUCCCGCGACGGAGAAGUACUACACAGAGAAUCCACUACCCGUGAUAGUUCUAGCUGUGCGCAAAGGCGCUCGUCCUAUUGAUGCAGGCAAGAUUCAGAACUGGCAUCCUGUACCAGCUGAGAAAGCUCUGACUUUUGAAACUGUUGUUGGUGAGAAAGUUGUUUUGCGUGUGGAAGAAGAGAAUCCCCAUGAGGGCGAAUGGGAGAGUCAGUUCUUGAACAAGAACCGCAAGAGACGCCAUCAGCAAGAACGUGAUCAGGAUAUCCUGUAUCCGCAAUCCAGUCAGAAUGAUGAGCCGCUAUCCCAGACGAGGCCACAGCCAUACUAUAAUUCCCGUUAUGGAGGGAACAGCCGCCAUCAUGAUGAUGGACCACGUCGUGGUGGCUCGCACCGCGGUGGUCGCGGCCGGGGAGGAGCUCCCCGUGGUAAGGGCCACUCAAGUCGAGGAGGCGGGCGUGGUCGAGGCGGGCGUGGGCGCGAUGGCGGUCCUGCUGGCUAUCGAUCCUUGGAUGACCACGCUGGAUAUGAUGCCGGUUACGAAGACAAGCCUGGACCGGGGGCGGCGCUGGACCUGUCAUGA